AUGGUGCAAGAGUGGUGGGUGAACGCUGCCCAGGAGGCAGUCAUCUCCCGAAAAGCCAUCAUGCGAGCAGAGCGCAUUGUUACGGAGGCCGACGAUCCGCGCUCCAACAAACGGCCCUUCUAUGACAGUGAUACCAGACGCUGCCUCGUGUGUGACACCCGUCUGGAGGGCAGCUACAGCACGCAUAGCCACACUGUUGACCACAUACCACGCGUUGCGCUGCUGAAACGCACAAUCAGUAUGAUUCUCACAUUUCUCGAGCAGGCCUCGUCCUCACCGUCGACGCCGCCGCAGGCCUUGCCGGAGAAGGCUGGUUCACUGGCUGGCAGUAAACGCUUGCUGAAGUCGGCGUUGCCUCACACAGCAACGGCCACCGCCCCUGCCCCUUCUUGCUUCCACACCCUGUAUGCCGAGUCACCGCUCUUUGGCGAGGAUGGCGUGCCUAGCCGCGGUCUCCUCUACCACCGCCCGCACACGCUGCGCGAGUUCGACCUGGUAGACGUAAUCAUGCGACGUUGGUGGAACACCCUGCAUAAUCCACCACCUAAGCGGGGUAGUCUUUCGUUUGACCGGCUCCUUUCGCUGUCCUCGACGGAGCUGCAGAUGCGACGAUGGCGCGUGCGCUAUCUACUCUACUUUCUCAAGUCCCGCGGUGUUCUGCGCGUUUCUAUGUCAGUGAGAGGCGACGAUAUGAGUGCGGUGGCGCCUUCCAGCGAGCGGAUCCACCGUGGAGAAGCCUUUGAGCGUCUCGAGAUGGUUGGCGACUCUUUCUUCAAGAGUCUCACCCCCGACCGUAUGCACGCCGUCUUCCCAGCUGAUGAGGGUGGACUCACGACUGGUCUCCAGUAUUUUGAGCGGACGUUGGAUUCGAAUCAUGGUCUGCUGGCCAUCUACGACUACCUUGGGCUGGACGACAUAAUCGGCUGCUAUCUAGCCAACAACAAGGCAAAGGCCGACGUUGUAGAGGCAAUUAUUGGUGAACUGAAGGUCCUAUUGUGGUCGGCCGAUGUGGUGUGGGGCAUGGAGUACUACGCCGUACCUGGGGAGCGCGCUACGCUGGUGUACCUCCGAGCACUGGUGGCACACACCAUCGCCGAGCUGGGGCACACGGUGCUGAUGUGGCAGUUGGAGAGCACACUGCGCAAUUGUCGAGAGUUUAUUCUCAAGCAUACUGUUGAGGGGUAUUUGACCGCCAACGGGGCGAGAGAGCAUCGAGCUAAGGGCGAAGAGAGCGAAUUCGAAUUCGUUGCGGAUCUUCCCAAAUACGCACCGCUGCCGCCGUUGCUCGCGUGGGAGCGACAACGCCCGGGCGCGUCAGUGCCGAAGGGUGAGGUGCAGUACGCCACUAAGCAGUUGCUAGCCAGAGCACCACCUUCUCCCCAGGAUCCGCUUCGCAGACUCGCCCCGACCGCGAGCUGCAUCCCAGAAGGUAUUCGGAAGCACUACGCCGUAGGGCAGAAAAAAUGGAACCCAAAUAUGUGUGCCGCAGCCGUUGAAGCCCUCUGUGACUCCCUCACACUAUCUGCACUGCCACGCAACAGCGGCCGCACCGCGGACGCUCUAUCGUCUGACCCCCAGUCGGGAUCGUUGCCCCUUUAUCCAGAAGCGCAGCCGUCCAAGACCCCGCCGGCGUCCAGGGACGUACGUCGCCAUGUACUGCCAGCUCUGGUGACUGCGAAUUGCAUAGUAAUUUGUACUACCAACCUGCCUCUUGCUACUACCAUGUAG